AGGUCGGUGUGCUGUGUGUCUAUGCUGGGAUGUCUGCGACAUAACAGGUUUGGGAACCCAUGCCACCGUAUCCAGCGCUGUCCGCCCCCAACAUUAACCCUGCUAUUUCGAGAAACUUCCAGCCCACUUUUCCACGUCACUUCAAGGAAUCUUUAAAGCGUCCGUCGCCUGUAUAAAAUGUUUCAGUACUCGACAGGCAGCAACAUGAACGGCAUGAAGACACAGUCGCCGACACUGACAAUGGCCAAUAAUGACAACGACCCUCUCCCCCUCGGAUGGGAAGUCAAAAUUGACCCUCAGACUGGAUGGCCCUUCUUCGUGGAUCACAAUAACCGCACGACAACCUGGAAUGACCCGAGACACGACACGAAAAAGGUCAGAGAAGUCUCAGCAAAUGGACCCAACAUACCACCAGAACCGAGCCCUCAGGAGACGCAGAAGACCUUUGUAAGGGAGAUGAAGCACCCAAUUCUUCGGCCGGGUUAUGUUCCUAUCCCAGUCUUCCACGAGGGAGCAGAACUGAGACAGCAACAGCAUCCAUGUUAUUCCUACAUCCAGCCAAGCACUGCACAGAAUAUCCGGACAGACAGACGGACACCAUCCCCCACGCCAGGGCUGCACUGCAGGCCGAGAUCACCUUUACACGGACCUUCAGACAGCUGCUCCACUGAGCCUGGAAAGGCCAGCUCGCCUGUUUCACAAACAUCAGAGGUUUACACUGUCCCACACCACCAACCUCCACGGCCCAGCAGCACUAGUCUUCAAGCGGGUUACAUCCCCAUCCCAGUGAUCCAUGAGGGCGGAGGAGGCCAAGCACAAACACAGACUCAGUUAAAUCCCUCAGUUUACUCUCAGCGCGUCCCCUACUCAGAGCACCAGCAGCCCUUCCAUCGCAUUCAGACAGACGAAUGGCCUGGCUACUCUGCAGCAAUUCAGCCUCCCCGGGAAAGAGCUUCUCCGAUACUGCUUCCCCAGCAUCGCGAUUCUAUUCACCUCCCACCUCAUAUUAGGAGCCAGUCGCCUAUUAUAACGCAGGUGCUGGGAGAAAGGCCACAGAAGCAGCAUCAGCAGCAGCAGCACAUCCUCACAAGAGACCCACCCCAGAAAAUUGAGCAGGAACAACAAAUCACUCAGCAGAAACCCGAGAACACACAACUGCCACAGCCACAGCACACAGAAGCCGAUGUCCAAAAGCCUCAUCUGCCUCCACCGUUCCAACAGCCUCCACCUCAGCAACCUCAACAGUUCCAGCAACCUCAGCAAUUUCAGCAACCUCAGCAGUUCCAGCAACCUCAGCAGUUCCAGCAGGCCCAUCAGUUCCAGCAGCCACCGACUCCGACAUCUCCACAGCCUCAGCACCCUGAACAGUUAAUGCAGACGCAGCAACAGUUCCAGCAGCCCCAGAAGCCAGAGCCACCACAACAACAUACUGCAGAUAUCACAGUGCAAAUACCUCCAAAACCAGAGGCCCAGGACUUGACAGCUGUUCCCCCAGAGGUCCCGCCCGUAAAGGUAGAGCCUGAACAGGCUGCUCAGUGCCCGAUGCACCCAGGCUUGGCUAAGGUACAGCAGAUAGUUGACCGGGUCGCUAAACUGGAGCAGGAGGUAAAAUGUUUUGAUGGAAAGAAGAACGACAAGAGAUACUUGUUACUGGAGGAGCUGCUGACCAAAGAGCUAUUAGCACUGGACUCAGUUGACCCAGAGGGUCGUGUAGAUGUACGGCAGGCGAGACGGGAUGGAGUCCGUCGUGUUCAGACCAUACUGGAAGAACUGGAGCAACUGGAGGAGCACCCAGCCAGGCCUGCCAGCGCCACCGCCAUGGAGGGUGACAACCUGACACAGAAGGGAGAGCCCAGCAUGUUCACCAAGGAGAAUGUUGAGCUGUCAAAAGAGAUAUCAUAAUGACUGCACACUUCAUAAUGAGGAGCAGAGAAGGAUAACCUGCUGUAUAUUUGAUAGUGAACAAGUCUGCUCCGGCUAACUCUCCUCCUCCUCCUCCUCUAUCUACAGCAUUUGUGGAAGUUGCAUGCAUUGAUUAACAGUGUUGGUAUUUCCUGCCAUUCUGCACAUACUUGAUGGUAGCUCAGUGCAAUCAUGUUUUCAAGCCAAUGUUGCUGCCUUCUAUGUUGUGCCAAUGUCUUUAUAACAAGACAGCUGUCAUGAUCGAGGUGUUGACAACAAUUUCUAGUCGAAUUCAAGUUUGAAUAAGAGGCCUUGGAAGAAAAGAAGAGAAGUAUUUUCUUAACUGUUAACUGUAGUUGCCUUUUGUCUUGAUAAAACAUAACGACACGAUAUAUGGAAGCUUUUCUUAAUCCAGUCAGAACAUCGCUUAGUACACGAGUGCAAACAUUGGGGCUUUAAAGCAGAACUCGCUGCAAAACUCAGUCAACAGAAAAGCAUUUUCCCCUUUAUAGCCACAUGGCCGUGUUGGAGCUGCUUUGUCACAGAACACAGUGAAUUAUGUUUAUUCGAUGCUGCUUUUUGGUGCAUUACUGAUUUUGCCGUCUUUGCACUUUGCCAUCAUUGAAAUGUAUCAUGCUGAAAGGUCAGCAGCACUUCAUUUGAAAUAUAUAAGUUACACGAGUUCUGAUUGAUGUGUUUUGAGUGUUUGUAUGUGCAUUGGUUUACUUGUUAUUUCGAAACAUUAUAUCAGUAUUUAUAUCAUUAUAUAGUAUUUUGGUACAUUGAUGAAUGUGUAAUGACAAAUGAAGGUGAGAUGUGUAUCUUACUUUGAGAUGUAAGACAAUCAACACUUGUGCUGUCACGAUGAAAGAUUGUCAGAAUGUUCUUGUGUAAUUACAGCAGCUACAAUCUGUAAUAACACUCACACAAAACGGCCUAAAAGCCUUAAAAGUGCCAACUGUGAGAAAACGCCCUGUUUAUGAAUCAGAUGAAGAAAAUCUCGGUCUGUUAUUUACAAAGCCCUGACUUUACAAUUACCCUAAUUGUUUGUGUAAUAAUUUAUCACUAUAACAUGAUCAUAAGCCAUGUGUAAAGUAGGGUCACUGUCUAACCUUUAUGAAUUGUGGAGUGUGGCUUAGUGUUGAUCACAGUUUAUGAGUAGCAGGCUGAUGCAUUGUUGAAAGCAAAUCACGUUGGUAUGGUUGAAAAUAAAAUGUAUUUGACACAAA